AUGUAUAAAGAAAUUACAUGGAAAGAAUUUCUCAACAAUUAUCUCAAUAGUGGCAAUGUGGAAAGAUUAGAAGUUGUAAAUACACAAUGGGUUAAAGUUAAGUUUUUACCUGGUGCAGAUAGUCAUACAACCGUUUGGUUUAAUAUUGGAAGUGUAGAAGUUUUUGAAAGAAAUUUGGAGAAUGCACAAUUAGAGUUGAAUAUUGAACCUGCUAAUUUUAUCAAUGUUGUUUAUAAAAGUGAAACUGAAUUGCACAAAUUCUUAGGUGUUUUGGUUUCAACUUUCUUACCGUUUGUUAUUUUAAUAUGGUUUGCUAGGUCUAUGAUGGUAAGAAAAAGAGGUGGUCCAGGUGGAAUGUUCGGAUUUGGACAAUCCACAGCUAAAGUUGUUAAAGGUGAUAUUGGUGUCAAAUUUAGAGAUGUUGCUGGUUGCGAAGAAGCCAAAGUAGAAAUUAUGGAAUUUGUCAAUUUUUUAAAGAACCCUAAACAGUAUAGUGAUUUAGGAGCUAAAAUACCUAAAGGUGCUAUGUUAACUGGACCACCUGGUACUGGUAAAACUUUAUUAGCUAAAGCUACAGCUGGAGAAGCUAAUGUUCCAUUUAUUACUGUGUCUGGUUCAGAAUUUCAAGAAAUGUUUGUUGGAGUAGGAUCUGCUAGAGUGAGAGAUAUGUUUGCACAAGCUAGAAAGAAUGCACCAUGUAUAUUAUUUAUUGAUGAAAUUGAUGCUGUUGGUAGAAAACGAACUGGGAGAAAUUUCGGUGGAAAUAGUGAACAAGAAAACACAUUAAAUCAAAUGCUGGUAGAAAUGGAUGGUUUUAAUACACAGACUGGUGUAGUAGUAUUAGCAGCUACUAAUAGAGUAGAUAUAUUAGAUCCUGCUUUAAUGAGACCAGGUAGAUUUGAUAGACAAAUAUAUGUUCCAGCACCAGAUAUUAAAGGAAGAGCUUCAAUAUUUAAAGUUCAUUUAAAGCCAUUAAAAACAGAAGUAAACAAGGAUGAAAUGUCUAAGAAAAUGGCUGCCUUAACACCUGGCUUCUCAGGAGCUGAUAUAGCUAAUAUUUGUAAUGAAGCGGCUUUAAUAGCUGCUAGAGAUGCCAAUACAUCAAUCUCAGCUAAACAUUUUGAAAUGGCAAUAGAAAGAGUUAUAGCAGGUUUAGAGAAGAAAACACAAGUAUUACAGCCAGAUGAAAAGAAGACAGUAGCCUAUCACGAGGCAGGUCAUGCUGUUGCUGGUUGGUAUUUAGAACAUGCUGAUCCCGUCCUUAAGGUAUCUAUUAUACCUAGAGGAAAAGGUUUAGGUUAUGCCCAAUAUCUACCUAGAGAUCAAUAUUUAUACACCAAACAACAGUUAUUAGAUAGAAUGUGUAUGACAUUAGGUGGUAGAGUAUCAGAAUCUAUAUUUUUUGGUGAAAUAACAACUGGAGCUCAGGACGAUCUCUCAAAAGUUACCCAAAGUGCUUAUUCUCAGGUUGUACAUUUUGGUAUGAACGACAAAGUUGGUCAGUUGUCAUUUGAUAUGCCCAAACCAGGUGAAAUGGUGUUUGAUAAACCAUACAGUGAACAAACAGCACAACUUAUAGAUGAAGAAGUCAGAUAUCUAGUUAAACAAGCCUAUGAUAGAACUGUAAAUUUAUUAACCAAACAUAAAGACGAUGUUGAAAAGGUAGCUUUAAGAUUAUUAGAAAAAGAAAAAUUAGAUAAAGCUGAUAUGGUAGAACUAUUAGGUGAAAGACCUUUUGCUGAAAAAUCAACAUAUGAAGAAUUCGUUGAGGGCACAGGAUCAUUUGAAGAAGACACAACUUUACCUAAAGGUUUAGAAAAUUGGAAUAAAGAGAAAGAACCUAGGGAAGACAAAAAAGAUCAAGAAGCAACUCCAGCCUAA